AUAAAUCUCUGUAUCUAUUACGUGCGCUCAAAAUCAGCAAAAUAAACCCUACGGCAGAGUGGCCUUCCAAGUCGCCUCAUCCUCUCCGCAUCUCUCUCUUUCCGGCAUGGACGCGGCGGAUUCGACGCGGACGUUCGUCAACAGCGUCAAGCGUCUCGUCAUCAAGGUUGGAACUGCUGUUGUUUCUAGAGGUGAUGGAAGACUGGCACUUGGAAGGUUAGGAUCACUUUGUGAGCAGAUUCAGGAAUUGAACUCUGAAGGAUAUGAAGUUAUUUUGGUGUCAUCAGGAGCUGUCGGAAUUGGUCGCCAACGACUUAGAUACCGUAAAUUGAUCAAUAGCAGCUUUGCUGACCUCCAAAAACCACAAGUUGAUCUUGAUGGGAAAGCAUGCGCAGCUGUUGGACAAAAUGGUCUCAUGGCUCUCUAUGACACAUUGUUUAGUCAGCUGGAUGUGACAUCAGCUCAGCUGCUCGUAACUGAUAAUGAUUUUAGGGAUCCAGAAUUCAGGAAGCAGCUUACCGAAACUGUGAAAUCAUUGUUGGCUUCAAAGGUGGUCCCAGUAUUUAAUGAAAAUGAUGCUGUCAGCACCAGGAGAGCUCCAUAUGAGGACUCUUCUGGUAUAUUCUGGGACAAUGACAGUUUAGCAGCUCUAUUGGCUUUGGAGCUAAAGGCUGACCUUCUUAUCCUUUUGAGUGAUGUGGAGGGUCUUUAUAGUGGCCCUCCAAGUGAUCCACAUUCAAGGCUAAUCAAUACCUAUGUUAAGGAAAGGUAUGAAGGCCUGAUUACUUUUGGGGACAAAUCCAGGGUGGGAAGAGGGGGUAUGACUGCCAAAGUAAAAGCUGCUGUUUAUGCAUCUCAUGCUGGUAUACCCGUUGUUAUCACCAGUGGCAAUGGUUCUGACAAUAUCCUAAAAGUACUUAAAGGACAGUGUAUUGGUACUCUCUUCCAUCGAGAUGCACAUAAAUGGGUACCACAGGGAGAAGUUGGUGCUCGUGAAAUGGCGGUCGCAGCAAGAGAAAGUUCUAGACGACUACAGGCUAUGUCUCCACAAGAAAGGAGUAAAAUUUUGCUGGACGUAGCUAAUGUUCUGGAAGCAAAUGAGAAACUUAUCACAGUAGAAAAUGAAGCUGAUGUUGCUGCUGCACAGCAGGCUGGCUAUGAAAAAUCACUGGUAUCUCGGCUGGCCCUGAAGCCUGGGAAGAUAUCAAGUCUUGCAAAGUCAAUUCGUGUGCUUGCAAACAUGGAAGAGCCAAUUGGUCAAGUUUUGAGGAGAACUGAGAUUGCAGAUGGAUUCAUCUUAGAGAAGACGUCAUCUCCCUUGGGUGUUCUCCUGAUUAUUUUUGAGUCUCGGCCUGAGGCCCUAGUUCAGAUAGCUUCAUUAGCAAUCCGGUCUGGGAAUGGGUUACUCUUGAAAGGGGGAAAGGAGGCUAAAAGAUCUAAUGCCAUCUUGCACAAGGUUAUUACUUCCGCCAUCCCUGAUACCGUAGGUGAAAGGCUUAUUGGGCUUGUGACUUCUAGAGAGGAGAUUCCUGAUUUGCUCAAGCUUGAUGAUGUAAUAGAUCUUGUGAUUCCAAGAGGUAGCAAUAAACUGGUUUCUCAAAUCAAGGAAUCAACAAAAAUUCCUGUUCUGGGACAUGCGGAUGGAAUUUGCCAUGUAUAUGUUGAUAAGUAUGCUGAUAUGGACAUGGCAAAGAACAUUGUAUUGGAUGCAAAAACAGAUUAUCCAGCAGCUUGUAAUGCAAUGGAGACGCUUCUUGUUCACAAGGAUUUGAUGCAGAAUGGCAGCCUUAAUGAGCUCAUGGUAGAACUUCAAAUCAAAGGUGUAUCUAUUUAUGGUGGACCAAGGGCAAGCUCCAUACUGAAAAUUCCAGAGGCACACACAUUUCAUCAUGAAUAUAAUUCACUUGCUUGCACUGUUGAAAUUGUGGAUGAUGUAUAUGCCGCUAUUGAUCAUAUACAUCAUUAUGGAAGUGCACACACUGAUAGCAUUGUUACAGAAGAUCGCAAAGUUGCAGAGAUCUUCCUAAGUCAAGUUGACAGUGCCGCUGUAUUUCACAAUGCAAGCACGAGGUUUAGUGACGGAGCUCGUUUUGGAUUGGGUGCAGAAGUUGGCAUAAGUACAAGUAGGAUACAUGCUCGUGGUCCUGUAGGAGUGGAAGGAUUGCUAACAACACGAUGGAUUGCUAGAGGUAGCGGGCAGGUGGUGGAUGGUGAUAAAGGGGUUGUCUAUACUCACAAAACCCUUAGCCUACAUGCUUGAGUUCAUUUAGAUGCUUUCACACAUUAUAACAACCAUUGGAGCUUUCUCCAUUACAAUCCGCUCCUCUCAGGCCAGAUGAAGUGAACGGAUGUGGCUAUAGCAGUGGCGGAAUACCCUUUCCUGAUGCGAGGAAGACGCAGUUGCAGCAGUCCGCUGGAAUAUCCUCCUUUCCUGUUGCACCUCUACAUAUGUUGUACCAUUAUGUGCAAUGGACUCUUUUUAUUUAUUAGGUUCUCUCUCUCUCUCUCUCUUCAACUUAUUGGCAGAUGAUCUACAUGAAUCCAUAAGAUUAUCAGGAAUUGGGUUUUGGAGUUACAUUCUUAUGCUUGCUAAUUGAAAUAAAACAUGUUUAGCGAUUUUAA